AUGGCGCCGCAGCUCGCAUGGACUGGUCUCGGAAACAUGGCCGAAGACAACAAAACAACCAUAGCCUCAACCCUGACAACCCAUGGCGCAAUUUUCGUCAUCAGCCCCGUCCUCGGUGCGCCAACAAUGGCCGAAGCAGGACAGGUAAUCUGCGUCCUAGCCGGACCCGCAGACAUAGUCGUCAAAGUGAAACCUUACACGACAGACGUGAUCGCCACGGGAACCAUCGACUACAGCAACCAAGAACUGGCCAAGGCAUCCCAGCUCAAGAUUGUGGGUAACGCAUUCGUUAUCAGCAUGGUAGAGACGAUCGCAGAGGGUAUGGUUGUCGUGGAGAAGACGGGUCUGGGGCGACUAUGCGUGGUGUGGAGUUGGCCUGGCAUUCUUUACCUCCUUUCGCCUGUCACCUUCACGCUUCUGACGCGAUACCCCCGUCUGCAAUACUACAGCGCGCCUACAGGCCUGGUCAUUACAGUCAUAGGCUCUUUGCUUUCCUCAUUCUCUGUGCAAGUAUGGCAUCUUAUUGCCACCCAGGGUGUCAUGUGUGCUAUUGGGAAUGCAUUAUUGUUUAGUCCGUCAUCCUUGUACCUUGAUCAGUGGUUUUUCCGUCGAAAGGGUCUUGCACUUGGAACCAUGUGGGCUGCCAAAAGUGUCACUGGUGUUGCUCUGCCCUUUGUUGCCAGUGCUUGCCUGAGUAAGUUUGGGUCAAGUAUCACGCUGAAAGCCUGGACUGUCGUCACGUUCAUCACUACCCUCAUGGCUUUGCAUUUUAUGAAACCUCGAGUCCCAAUCUCAGCAUCUGCUUCAGCACGUCGCCUGGAUUUGAGUUUCCUCAAGCGAUCCACCUUCUGGAUGCUGGAAGCUGGCAAUAUCAUCCAAAGCUUUGGUUACUUCCUGCCAACAACAUUCCUUCCUUCAUACUCAACAGGAACGAUUGGGCUAUCCCAGACAACUGGUACGCUGUUGCUCUCGCUCGUCAAUGUUACCUCCAUAUUUGGUGGUAUCGCCCUCGGAAUUCUAUGUGAUCGCUUCUCUGUCACAAACAUCAUGUUUUUAUCCUCACUUGGCUCGGCAUUGUCGGUACUUCUGUUCUGGGGCCUGGCGUCGUCGGGCUCAGAAUCGUCACAGACAGCCAUUGCCCUCCUGAUUGUAUUCUCCAUGACAUAUGGGUUCUUCGCCGGUGGCUUUAGCUCCACCUGGUCAGGCGUCAUCACUCAAAUCAAACGUGAUACAUCGCCAUCACUUGAGACCGGUUUAGUGUUUGGUCUUCUGGCUGGUGGCCGAGGCAUUGGAAAUGUGAUUAGUGGGCCACUGAGUACGGUGCUAAUUCGCUCCGGAUCUUUGGGCGACUCCAAUGGCUCAACUGGUUAUGAUUCCCAAUAUGGAACUUUGAUCCUAUUCACGGGGAUAACAGCCUUUUUGGGGGCAUGGAGCUGGAUGUGGCGGUAUAUCAGUCCUGCAGUGCGGUGCCUUACCUGA